CUUGUCCAAUUUUUUUUAUUUUUCUCGCCGUCUUUCCCACACUGGUUGCUUGCGAUGGGUGAAGUCGAGGCUAAAACGGGCGAGGUCGAGCGCACUGCAAGCGGUAACAGCUCUCCCUCAGACAACGUCAUGUCGUCGCCAGCGGUGGCGGUUGAGGAGAAGAAGACCUUCUGGCAGAGGGUCAAGACGCCGGGUUCAGUAUGGCAAAUCAUCUUUGCCGCUCUUCUGGCCAUUGCCAUUGGACUCGCCGUCACCACCACCGUCGACGAAGUACCAGAGGCUGCGAUUGCGAUUCUGGGAAUCCCGGGGAACCUAUGGCUGCGCGCCCUGAGGGCAGUUGUCCUUCCUAUGAUUGUGACUGCAAUGAUCAUGGCGGUCCAGCGCCUGCGCAACAUGACCCAAGGAGGUGGCGCGGCCGGUAAACUCGCUCGCUGGACAGUCGGAUACUAUGUCCUCACCACUAUUCUUGCUGUUGCACACUCUGCUCUGCUCGUCGGCCUCGUGUGGAGCAAGCUGUUCAACGUAGUAUCGGGUAGUGCGCUGGAAGUCGACGAGGCCGACCAGGAGUCCUUUGACGAGAGAAAGGACACCGAGAUCCACGAUGUCGUUGUAGACAUGUUCUACUCGCUCGUCCCCAACAACAUUGUCAACGCACUGGCGACCGACGCCCUCCUCUCGGUGCUCAUCACUGCCAUUGUCCUCGGCUACGUCAUCAAGCCCGGAGGCGCCAUCUACCGGGCCAUCGAGGAAGUCGAGGUCAUUGUCCUCCGCGUCAUCACCGUCUUGAUCCACCUCGCGCCAAUCGGUGUCUUCUUCCUCAUCAUGCCCAACUUGUUCCGCCUUGACAUUUCCGAGAUUGGCACCAACCUGGGUAUCCUCAUUGGAGGCACGCUCUGCGGCAUGUUCAUCCAUCUGUUCAUCGUCAUUCCAAUCAUCUUCUUUGCUAUUACCAGGAGCAACCCGUACACAUUCUGGUUCAAGAUGAGUCCUGCCUGGAUUACCGCCUGGGGCACUGCAUCCAGUGCUGCAACCCUGCCCGUUACUAUCCGUUGCAUCCUGAAACAGGGCAUUCCCGUCACAGUGACCAAGUUCGCCGCUCCCCUCGGUUGCUUGAUCAACAUGGACGGUACCGCCAUCUACUUUCCCAUUGUCGUCGUCUUCCUCGCCGCUACCCAGGGCAUCACGCUCAACGCCGCCAACUACAUCAUCAUUAUCCUGCUCUCGACCCUGGCCUCUAUCGGCACAACACCCAUCCCUAGCUCCAGUCUGGUUCUCGUCGUCAUGAUUGCCACAAGUGUCGGCGUGCCCAUCACAGGCAUGUACGCCGUCGUCAUCGCCAUCGACUGGUUCCUCGACCGUUUCCGCACUGCCCUCAACAUCAGCUGCGACGCGUUUGCCGCAAAGAUCGUCACGCACAUCACCAAGAUCAAGGACGAGGAAGGCGUCUCGUACGACGAGGCUGAAAAUGUCGAUCCCAACUCUCUGGGCCGUCAGGACGAUGCCAAGGUCUAACUGAAAAAAAAAGCGAAUUUUUUUUUCGAGUCAUCUGUUUUGGAUUGCAAGCAGUGCGAUGUCUAGAUGAAUAUGUAAUGCCAUUUUCUU